AUGACCUCCAUUUUCACCAACAGUUUACUACUUAUUUUCUGCUUGUCACUGCCACCACCAGUUUUUCCUCUUCAAGAUUUUGACGCUCCGGCGGCGGCGGCGCCGGGGAUAUGCUUCUCCGCAGUGACUAUUCACGGCUAUGGCUGCCAAGAAUUUCAAGUCACAACUGAUGAUGGUUACAUACUGAGCGUGCAAAGAAUUCCGGCCGGCCGGACCGGAGAGAAGCUUGCCAACCGGCCGCCGGUUUUGCUGCAACAUGGAGUUCUUGUGGAUGGGAUGACGUGGCUUGUGAACCCGCCGGAGCAAUCGCUAGCGAUGAUUCUUGCGGAUGACGGGUUCGACGUGUGGAUUUCUAACAUCAGAGGUACUCGCUUCAGCAGGGGCCAUGUUCGCCUAGAUCCCGAUGACCCUGAAUACUGGAAUUGGAGCUGGGAUGAUCUUGUGAUCCACGACUUGCCAUUCAUCGUCGACCUAGUUUUCGGACACACCGGGAAGAAACUUCACUACAUUGGCCAUUCGAUGGGGACUUUAAUAGCACUGGCGUCGUUCUCAAAAGGGAAACAAGUCGACAAGAUUAGAUCGGCAGUUCUGUUAAGCCCGAUUGCGUACCUUAGUCAUAUGACGACUGCUCUUGGUGUAUUGACUGCCAGAGCCUUUGUUGGCGAAAUAACAACGAUGUUUGGUCUCGCCGAAUUUAAUCCCAAAGGAGAGCCAGUUGCCGAUUUCUUAAAAGCCUUGUGUGCGGAUUCUGAACUAGACUGCUACGACUUGAUCACUGCGCUCACGGGAAAGAACUGCUGUCUCAAUUCAUCUACGGUCGAAUUGUUCCUGAAGAACGAACCACAAUCCACGGCAACUAAGAACCUCGUCCAUUUAGCUCAAACUGCUCGAGACGGAGUCCUGUCUAUGUACGACUAUGGCGAUCCCGACUUCAAUAUGGAGCACUAUGGGGAAUCGAAGCCUCCUGUGUAUGAUCUAUCUAAGAUUCCCCGCGAUCUUCCCCUCUUUCUAUGCUAUGGAGGACAAGAUGCGCUGUCCGAUGACAAGGAUGUAGCUACGCUGCUCGACGAUCUUAAACUGCACGAUGUCGAUAAGCUUCAUGUCCAGUACAUCCAGAGCUAUGCUCAUGCUGACUUCAUUAUGGGAGUUACAGCAAAAGACAUAGUCUACAAUCAAAUAAUAUCCUUUUUCAGAAACCAAAAUCAAGAUUGAUUUGGGAUUACCUGAUUGAAUCGAUACUUAGAAUCGCAGCCUCGGCAAGGUUAGAACAGACAGUUCCUGUUCCUUCUUCGGCGCAGACUUUGGGUCGACGUUGCUGAUAACCUACACCAGAAGGUAUUCGAAGAAACAGGCUCUUGUCCAAGUGAAAUAGAAUUUGCAGUUUCUAUUGAAGGAACAGUUUCAUUACAACAAACUGAUGUACAUGUAAAUCGCAUCGUGGAGCUACUCGCCAUUAUCAUACGGUAUAUAAUCAUGAAUGCUGCGGAGAAGAAUGAAUCGUGUAGCUGAGAAACAAGAAA